UGAAAGCGUUUGGUUGCCGCAGCGGAAAAACGCGAGCCAACCAGCCAGAGAACCCAAAAAAAAAAAAAUAAAUAAGGAAAAGCUGGGGAAAACUUUGAAAACGGGCGCGCGAACAAGUGAGCAGCGGCAGCGGCAGCAGAAUCAGAAUCAGCAGCCGAAGUGAAGUGUAAAUAACAAGCCAAGCGCAAACCGAAGUGCAAAUGAAAAGUGAAAACAAAUUGUGAAUCAAUCAGUUGAAACAAACAAUGAAGGAUAGCUGGACUCUGCUGGGAAUUCCAAAGGAGCUGAAUCGAGAAGGAUAAACUUUUGGCCCGCUAUGCCCAGGAAUCGUGCGGUUGCGAGGAGCGCGGCUGUAGAUAUAGAUUCAGAUUGGGACUCGGAUAGGGAUACAAAUUUAUUUGGCGCUCGGGCCGAACAUGAGCCAGAGCUGCGGGCUGCUUGGAGCUGACUCUGGUAAAACCGCGACGAGGGCGACGAUGCUACUUGAUUUCGGCCAACUCAAAUAAACAGGCGAGGCGAGAGCAGACCACCCACCCACUCAAUCACAGACACAGCCGCAGAAAACCAAACAAGCAAACCAGGCCGAAAGCAGAAUGGCCGCGCCCGUCGACGAGAGCGUGCUGAAUGCACUGAGGGGCGUGACCUCCGCCCACACCCGCCUGCCCAAGCCGCUCCUCAUCAAGAUCUACGUGGCCAGCCUGAAGCAGGAGUUCAACCAGGAGCGCCGCAUGCUCCUCGAGCUGGUGGGCCCCGAGCUGCAGUCCCUCUACGAUGACCGGCAAAUAGAGCUCGAAUUCGUGGACAUGCACUUCGGUACUGGCGACCUGGAGGUCAACCAGUUGGAACGGGAUCCCUAUUUGAUCCACGACUACCUUCACGAGAUCGACACCUGCCACGCCCACACGAAGAGCGUCUUCUUCAUGGUGCUCGUGGGCGAUGGCAUCGGUCGUCAGCUUGUGCCCACGCAAAUGGAUGAGGACAUCUUCUCCGCCAUUCUGGCCGAUCAGCAGACCACGGCUGACCACGAGGCUCUACUGGUCAAGUGGUACGAAAAGGAUGCAUCUCAGUCGAAGCGGCAGCUCAAGCAGGACUAUCGAAUGAUGGCUGUGGAUGCUUGGCUAACUGAGUCCCAGCUAAUGCAGAAGUUUUUUGAACAAGCCCUGCAAUCUCUGGUCCAAGGAGCCAGUGCAUCAGGACAAUCCGCGGAUUUCGUGGAACGGAUUCAGCAGCUGCGACGCACGCAGAUCGAAAGGGAGGUCACACAGGCCAUGGCUCUCACCAGCGAGAAAAUCCUCGCAGUUUUCCGAGAACGAGCUGCCCAGUGCAGCAAGCGGGAUGUGGAGGCAGGGGAGCGUUUGCGGAAAAUCAAGGACGAACUCACCAUGAACCUGUCCACGGAUAAUCACACCACUCUUGUAGUACCAGGCAGUGCCGCCAGCGAGGCCAUCGACCCGGACAACGAGGACCACGAGUCCUACUUGAGCAAGUUCAAGAACAAAGUCACCGACAAGCUGCGCCUGCUAAUCGAGGCCCACAUAACCAAUGAUCCCGACGUAAUCAAGGGGAGGAAAAAGACUGUGCAGGAAAUCUUUCAUGAACACGCGACGCACCUGCGCAUCCUGCGGGAGCACACGGACAGUGCCGCUCUGGAGGAGUCGCGGGUGCCCCAGCAGCUCCGCCAGAAUCUGAUGACCAACUUCCGGAAUGGCAGCCGGCACGCGCCGUACUUUCUCUGCGGGGCCGAUGGGAGUGGCAAGAGCGCCAUCCUGAGCCACCUGUACGGGCAGGUGGGCACCUGGUUCGGAUCCGCUCGCGUUCACCGGGUGAUCCGCUUUGCUAAGGCCACGCCCCGUUCCGCCUACAACUUGGAGCUACUGCGCGUGAUUUGCCAGCAGAUCUCCAUAAUCUUCAACAUCCCGGAGGGCUAUCUGCCCAAGGACGCCUCCUUCGAUCCGCUGUACAUCAACACGUGGUUCCAGAACCUGCUCCGCAAGGUCGAGGAUAUGGCCAACGAUGUCCUGUUCCUAUUUAUCGACGAUCUGCAUCUGCUGAAUCCGCUGGACUGCGAUAUUGUGACGGCUCUUUCGUGGCUGCCCACCUCGUUGCCCUGGAACGUGCAGAUCAUCUGCAGCUCCACCACGCCCGUGGAGCAGCUCAAGUUCACCCCGAUGCAGCGGGAUCGCUUCAAGUCCGCCGAGUACCAGUUCGACCUGAACCUGGGUGACCACGCCACCCGCCUCAGGAUCCCUCCGCAAUGCGUUCCGCGCGAUGUUAGCUUUUCCCUGUAUGUGGAGCAGCAGUUCGACCAGCUGGAACGGCACUACGGACGGCAGGCGGUGGGCGAUCUGGCCUCCUACAUCACGUGCUCCGAGUACGGAUUGAGUGAGACGGAGCUGCUGGAGCUCCUCAUGCCCACCGACGAUCCCGAGUCGCUCAUCGAGACCAAGAACGGGCACUUUAGCUUUGCCACCUUCAAGAAGAUCCACCGCGAGAUGGACCGUUUACUGCUCCUGCACGACAAGAUUAUGUCCGGCAAGGUACUCAUCCAGUGGCGGCACAACUACUGCUCUGCGGUGGCCAAAAGGCGGUACAUGGACGUCCAGAGGACGCGCAGCCUGCACUGCGAGCUGGCCAACUUGUUCUUUCCCCAGGACGAGGACGAGAGCACGCUGGAAAACGAUUCCAACCGCAGCGAGACCAAGUCGGUGAUCAGCAUGAAGGAGAAGGACUCGCUGUCGGCGGCCUCGGCCGUUUCCGCCGGCCGGAAGUCGUCGUCCACGCACCACAACGACGACACCUCCACCUUCUACAACCCCAUCGCAGCGGACGUGAGCUACAGCAUGCGCCACGUGGAGGAGAGCUGGCACCACCUGAUGCGAUCCGAUGACACCACCCGGUUCAAGCAGAUCGCCGUCUGCAACUUCGACUUCCUGCUGGCGGCGGUGCAAACCGUGUCCAUCAGCUACCUGCGCUGCCUGAUCGAGCACGUGCGCUGCUACAUCCUGGACAGGGACAUCGAGCUGAUCUACUACACGAUCCGGAAGUCUAGUGAUGUCCUGACCCGCGACCCCAUGCAGCUGGGCUCCCAGCUGAUAUCCUGGCUGCGGCCGAUCAGCGAGCACGACGACGACGACAACUCGCUGCUGAGCAUGACGGUCCGCUCGGCGACCGCCUGGUGCGACGGCUAUGCCGUACCGCUCCUCGUGCCGCUCACCGGCUGGCUGCCCGCCCCGCUGCCCUCGCAGAUCCGAACGAUGACGGUGUCCGGAACGGGAUGCAUCCGUUCCGUUUGGCUGGCUCCGUCCAAGCAGCACCUCAUCCUGGCCACCAAUUCCGGCGACGUUCAGCAGUGGCACAUAAUGAGCAACUCGCUGGAGCACAUCUUUAAGGGUCACACUGCGGCAGUCACGUGCCUCCUGGUGGCCCCCCAGACCGAGUCGGAGUUACUGCUGACCGGCUCCGAGGACGCCACUGUGUUCGUGUGGCACGUAGGACUCCGCGAGCGGCGGGCGCACAUUACCAACGCCCACUCGGCUCCCAUUACGGGCGUGGCAGCUGGCGCCAAUAACACGCUCAUCAUAAGCAGCAGCGAGGAUGCAACCAUCGCCAUCACGGACCUGGCCAGCGGCAAACUGCGACAUCGCAUCACCCAUCACCGCGGGCCGGUGACUGGGAUCCUGGUGGCCGGAGCUUGCGAUGUCCUGAUCUCGGGCAGCCACGACAAGAACAUCUGCGUUUGGGACCUGGAUAACUUCGCCCUGCUGAACACCAUGCAUAUGACGAGUCCCGUGCUACGCAUCGAUAUCUCCUGGAACUCGGUCUUUUUGUUGGCUUUGUGUGAGGACAAUGCGCUCUACGUUCGCACUAUGGCCACUGGCAAGGAGCUGCACACUCUCAAAGGACACAAGUCGAAGAUCCGUACCAUCUGCAUCGGCAAGGACAGCCAGCGAUGUGUGGUUGGUUGCGAUGAUACGCGGGCUCUGAUCUACGACAUGCACGCCGGGAAACUGGUCAGAUCCCUGCCUCCGAAUCCUGGUCCAGUGACCGCCGUGCAUGCGAUGGACAAUGACGACUUCCUGGUCACCGUGGGCGGCAACAAGAUCACCUUCUACUCAUUCCGCAACGAGGAGCUCUACGUAAAUCCCUACUCGCGACAUCCGCGCCGCAAGCGCAGCCUGAAGCGCCAUGCGCAGGCGCAGCGAUCGCCGUCGACCACUUUGCCCCCGAUCACCUGCUUCGACCUGUCCCGCGACUCCCAGCAAAUGGCCAUCGCCUCCGGCCGGAAUGUCCACCUCAUGCGGAUCAAUACGCCCGAGUUCCAGUGCACCCUGGAGGGGCAUUCCGCCGGGGUCUCUUGCCUAAAGUUCGCCCCGAAUGGUGAGUUCCUGGCCACCGGCUCCGAGGAUCGAUUGGUGCUCAUUUGGAAUCUGUCUCUGGGCGAGAUAAGUCAUACCUUCAAGGGCCACGCUGCACCAGUGGUCAAGGUGGUGGUCCUGAUGGACUCUCUGCGGGUUAUCUCCACGGAUCGGGAUUCCCUGCUCCUCGUCUGGAUGGCCCACUCGGGCAAUCUGCUGCAGACCAUCCAGGGUCCCUACAAGAGUCUGGCCGUAACCAACAACAUGCGCUUCGCCGCCUCCACCAACGGGGAUAACACCCUCAAGAUCUGGUCCCUGACGCAGGAGGACGAGAAGUACUCCGUUUCGCACUCGGACGAGAUCACCUGCUUCGAGAUCACUGCGGAUAGUGCCCACAUCAUCAGCGGAUCGCGGGACAUGUCUCUGAAGGUGUGGCAGGCGACGGGCGGCAAGCUCAGCCAGGUGCUGGUGGGGCACAGCGAUGCGGUCACCUGCGUGGCCGUUUCGGUGAGCAACAAGACCCAGGUCCUGUCCGGCUCCAAGGACAUGAAUCUCAUCCUCUGGGACCUGCUCACCGGCGAGGAGGUUCACACGCUGGCAGGGCAUUUGGGCCCAGUGAUUGGAGUUAAAGUCUCGGCAGAUGGAUCCACGGCAGUUUCUGGAAGCGAUGACAAGACCCUGAUCGUGUGGGAGACCAAGCGCGGGUUGGCUCUCACCUCGCUCCAAAUGCACGUGCCCUUCACCCACUUUGACAUCAGUCUGGAGGUCUCCCGAGUCCUGGUGCAGCUGGUGGACAGCUACAAUCUGCCCGUGAUCUGUCUGCAUAACACUCCGGCGCAGUAUGUCAAGCUGCCCACGUAUUCCGGUCCCAGCAAGGAUGUAGAGGAUCUGCGACCCCAGGGCCCCAAGCGCCAGAUGAAGCGGCUGCUGAAGAAGGAGGUCUCCCUGGACACGUACACCUGGCAGAAGAAGUACGGCCACCUAACCUCCUCCGUGAUGAUGGCCCAGGUGGAUGAGCGCCUUAAGCGGCGCUUCAGCGUUUCGGCCAGCAUGGAGGAGAUCUCGAAGAUCGCCGAGACGAAGACCGGAGCCUCCCAGGCGAAUCUGGGUCCGGAGCAGGCGGCUCUGGCCCAAUCGCAGCACUUUGACCAGCUGGAGGCGCUGUGGAACAAGCGAUCGCCGCCCAGAAGGCGUCACAAUGCGGGUCUCUCGAGGCAAACCUCGCUGGUGGAGGACCGUCUGGAGUCGUCGGACGACGACGAGUACCAGGACGAGCGAGCAGGUAUGUUGUCCGCCUCCUACGAUAACAUCCACCACCUUGCACGUUUGCCCGGCCUCCGAUCCCUGCACGAUGCAUGGAAGACCAACAGUCUGCGGGUCCGAACACCCCGACGAUCCAAGUUCUAUGUGAGCACACCACCGCCACAGAACUCGCAGGACAGCAGCAGGCUGCGGCUGGACACCCACACCCACACCCACAUCCACACCCACUCCCACGACCGGACAGCCGGACAGUGUACGGCUGAUGGGGUGGUCGCUCCUGACCUGGUCAGGGAUCUCCUGGUGGCGCCACCCCCCGCCCCAGAGUCACCUCAGAGGAUCUCCCUGAGGCAGUUUCUCCAUUGGCCCAGCCUUAAGUCUCGAAUUUGGCGUCGCAGCCAGCGGAACUGCCAUUCCCUGCAGCCGAACAUCCGUCUCAAUCCGCCCGAGCGACUCCGGCCCACGCCCAUCAUUGUGGUGGAGAACUACGAUGUCCGCCGUGUGCAGCAGCUGCGCACGGAUCUCAUCCUGCAUCCGCAGACGAGCAGGGCCUCCGUGGGCCACAUCGAGGUGGCUGGCAGCGAACAGCUGCUGGCCAAGAAUGCCAACUACUGGCAGCGCCACUGGCACCUUCUGCGCCACAAGGCUAGCCGAUCCGAGUCCAGUCACCCACACCCACUUCGGGAAACCGGCAUUUCCCAUUCGAAUAACAGCACCCCCGAUCACACGGCCAACUGCAAUGACUGCGUGGCCCAAUGACAGGCAGCAGUGACCCACCCAACCACCGACCGAAUCGAACCGCCACACCACCAAUCUGCACCACUUCCGUUCUCCAGCACCCUUUUUGCCACUCUCUUUACGUAGUUCUGGGCAUCCGUAGUAGUGGUUCGCCAUUAGUCAACUUUAACGUAUUUAUUUUAAUAAAUUUCCACAAGGUUUAUUUCGUUUUAUUUUGAUUGCCUGUUCAAUUACACCCAAUUAUCUAUGGUCAAAUAAUCCGGAAACUGCGACCAGGUGAGUACAGUCCAAAAAACAAAGACCGAAAAAAGGUUCUAUUGAAAUGAUUUUUAUAAAAUCUAGGCCACUAGGAUUUUCCAUUAAAUCCAUUAAUGAAUUUUAUAGUAGGUUUUCAAAAUCAAAGUUCAAGAAAUUAAUACUUUUAAUCAUUCAUUCGGAGCUCAUUUAAAAGAUUAGAUAAAAUCCUCAACCAAAAAAACUUUUUUUCUUCAUACCAACCAUAUAAAUAUGUAAAAACAAAGCAAGCAAUUUUUUUAACUGUCUGACCAUUAAGUUUAAUAUGCAAUCCCUCUACCAAACUUGUAAAGAAGCCCGUAGAUUUAAAGUUUAAUGGCCACCGGGAUAUAUGUGAAACCGCUGUAAUGAGAGUGUGGAUGCCAUUUUCCAUUGUUAAUUAUAAUUAGUUCUACCCCAGGUAAUGACAAGCCAACUCCGCGCGUUUUCGACUGUAAUGGCUUUCGAGUCAUGAAUAUUAAGUGCCCAUCCGACCGGUGGUCGUGCUCAUUUCGCACCGGCCAAUGCAUAAAAUUGCAAUCAAUAAAUUCGCAACGCGAUUAACUCGAUAAGCAAACAAGAGACCAGCGCAUCGCUGGCUGGGUAAUGAAUUGAGCGAAUUAAAAGCAAUCAAUUUCGGACGAGCGGAAUCGAAUGGCACCGAAUGGGGUCAGGGACUUGUGGGUGGUACACCCCAUUCCCAUUUUUUUUACCAAGUCAACUGAGGUAAGCAGCUCGUUCUCCAAGCUCUUCGUUAUGUUCAUCCAUCCCUUUCGGCAUGUUUUGCUAUCAGUCAAGAAAACCCAAUAUGGAAGACCCGGAAACCAAGACGGAACUUGUGCCCAUGUACCAUAUCCAUAAGUGUACUAUAAGAGUGUUAUAUCCGCUUUCGUUCUCUAAGUAUAUGUGUUUCAACUUUCGACUCCUCUCGAUUUUAUACCGUUUUACGCUCUCUCGAUGUGUAUAUACUAUAUACUUAUAUCUUCCUGCAUAUUUAAGUACUCGUUCCGUUUUAAAGUUGUUGUCCAGUUUGGUCACAGUUCUGCCGCUAACCCAAAACUGAAAAAUGCAAUUUGAAAUAUGAAAAUGAAGUUCCCAUCUUCCAUUCCAAUUAUCCGAACCACUCCGAACCACUCCGAAUGAACCACCACCACCACCACAACCAACAGCCACCGCCCACAGUUCGAAAACCAGUUCCCGCAGCUCACUGCUCCCAUAAACAACUGCAACCGGAACAGUAGCAACGGCGGCGUGAAAACUAAAUACUAAAUACAAAAUAAAUAUAAUAACCAACCCAGAAAAAAUCAAAGAAGUAUAAGAACCAUUAGCUAAGUUUUCCCCACUCGAUUGGCAUGUUAUCUCCAGUGUUUCCAAAUCAAAAUCGCAGCUAGUUCACCGUAUUGAGCACUUUGCAAGAACCCACCACAGAACGGCACCCCAAAAUUGACUAACCCAAUCUGGCUAAUUUCGGUAAAACUUUAUUUUUUAGAUGACUUCGACGAUUUCUUUCAGUGGGGCUAGGCAAUUAGGAUAAGAUAUCACAGUGUUAUUACUAGGGAAUAGAGACACACUUACCUUUCAAAUAAUACGGGCAUACCUCAAAUGCAAAUGCUGAAAAUAGGACAACUUUUGAGAAUUCUACACAGUUUAUAUAGAGUACUCGUAAAAUAGCAUAAAAUAUAACCGAAAAGCAACCACUGCACAGCUGGCCAGCUGGAUGAUAUCAAGUAAGUAUGCUAGCAGGUACCAAAAUAGAUACACAUAUCCCUUAGCCGAACCACUAGAGCCAGUUCAUAGAGCUUAACCAUCUUAUUUUGGCCAAUUUGGCCGCAGCGAAAGCCCUUUGCUUUGAUGUCUCGUGCAAGUAACGUUUAUUUGGCAAGAUGCGUAGAUGCCAGCAAGUAAUUCGGUGUUGGGCAUGUCAGUCUAGACACAAUGCCAGUAAUCCAAGACAUUGUAAAGAACAUUCCGAAUUUGUUGUCGAUUUACGCAGAUCAUUUCGCUUCAGGAGGAGGAGGAUACCACAAGGGAUAAGUCCUGAGGCGGCAAUUGAAUGGAGUACUUAUCCAAAAUGGCAAGCAAUAAGUGGGCAGACGAGCGUAACACAUAACCCAUCUCCCAUUUCUCUACUAUAUCUAUUACGUAGAUGUAAAACCAAAACAAAAACAAAAUGAAAAUAACAUAGUUAAAUCUGAUAAACCACCGUCUCAGACUUUGUAGGAAUUAUAGCGUUAAGUGAGCCAAUUUAGACAUUUUAUUGCUGUAGAGUGUUUUAUGUACCUACCAAACCCGAGCUAAAUGUUGAUUGUAUUGACGCAAUAACGCAAUAACUUAGAAUCUGUUCAAAUGAGAAAUGCAAAAAGAUCUCUCUGAAGGGGUAAAAAGCGUAACUAUGCUUAAAAACACAAGUGAAACACAAGAAAGAAACUAAGCCACACUCAAACAAGCACAAAGACACACUGAAAACAUUGAUGGAUAAUUAUAGAGCUAAGCAAAUGUAUAUAUUAAGCUCCCAUGUUCGCUGUAGAAUUAGUAUUACCUCGACCUCAGUUCGAAUAGCACUUUUUCGAGUCCUGGGCUUGCACUUCCCUCGGAUAUAACUUCAAUAACUUUCUGACAAUCAGAGGUUCUAGCCUGGAACGAAAAACCACACAGAAGCAACCUAGAAAGCAACUCUACACUGAGAACGACAAACGCAUAUUUCUACACUGGAUAUUUCUAUGCAUGCCACAAGUGAAACUUUGUUAAACUAAGCAAUUAACGUCUAUGUAGCGUAGUGUAGUGUCCACCACUCUGUAGCUGAGCCACCAAGAGCAUCUCCCGAGGAACUAUGCAUCUGGAAGCGGGGACGGCAACCGAAUCGGAUAGCGAUGCCUAAUAAAUACUGAUAAAUGUACACCUUGUCUAUGUCUAUUAAAUCGAAAUUAAACUCAACUUUACUGGAGAACAGCA